UCUUGGACUGUUGAAUGUGGUGAAGGAUUCAAAGGGACUAGUCAGUACCGCUCUGUGGGACGGGUUGAUUGGGGCUGCAUCCCCUUCCCCUUAUUUCUGUGAAGAUUUGCAGAGCUGAGCUUUGCUCUGAAGACAGCUAGAUCUCCACUGUUCUGUCCAUUGCGAGACUGACUGGGGUCCAGCUGCUGCGAGAUUACCCCCCAGUGCAAAAUAAGGCUUUAUUUUAAAGGCAAGUGAGACUGCUUCAAAUAAAACAACUCCAAGCUUCCAAGAAACAGUGGCGAGAAAGCAGAGACCAGCAGAAACACUUCUUCGCUGACACUCGCACAGCUGCCAUGGACCUGCACAAGCACUGGGCGAACACAGAGACUGACUGGCAUAAGGAAAAGAUGGAAUUACUGGACCAGUUUGACAAUGAAAGGAAGGAAUGGGAAAGUCAGUGGAAGAUCAUGCAGAAGAAGAUAGAAGAGCUUUGCCAAGAAGUAAAGCUUCGGAGGAAAAUCAACAGGAGUGAACGUUUGAAGAUCGUUGGUCUUGAUCAUGAGAAGGGUGUUGGCGAUGAAACCUUGACAUCUUCUCCAGAUGAGCUCAGUUCAGGACAAUGUGAAUUCACAGAGAUGGAUCACAGCAGCUCUCGGAAAAAGGUGCAAGAGAUGGAGCAGAGCUUACUUGAUGAAUGUAACUCAGUGUGUAAGGGACAAAAGUCACCAAAACAAUCAAAAGUAGGGUUCAUGGACCCAUUGGCCACAGACAAACAAGAGGAAUACGAGGCCCAGCCUGGCCCAGGGGCUUCAGGAGAGGAGAGGAAGAGCUGCUCUGGUGCCCUUAGCACAGCUCUUGAAGAACUCGCUAAAGUUAGUGAAGAACUGUGCAGCUUUCAAGAGGAAAUUCGAAAGCGGUGUAACCACCGAAGGAUGAAGUCAGACUCUUUUCUCCAGGAAAUGCCGAAUGCAAUCAGUGCACCUCAGGGGACCCACUUGAUCAACAACAGCCAGUGCAUUUUUCCAAACAAUGUAGAGAAAGAAAAACAGAAAAAUCGAAAGAAUCUGAGCUGUGCCAGUGUGUUCCAAAACAACUCUGUAAAAAGUCAUGGAGUUGGUGCAGUUGAUUUGCAAAGACAGGAAAUCCCACCAGUUCCUCCUCCAAGGAGCACGUCUCGAAAUUUCCCCAGCUCAUAUUCUGAACAAGCCCAAGAACAGCUGAAGGAAAGUGCAGACCACAACAGCUGGGUAGCCCGUGGGGGUCAGAGUGAAACGAACUGCACUCCUCCUUUUCUUUCGAGACAACAUGAGAUACCUGCAUUGGGUCCAGAUAAAGGGAAGACUUUGGAAGACAGUGCCAUGUUUUCCUCUUUGACACCAGAAGUCCAAGUGGAUAGCAAGCCUCUGGGUAGCGUUAGACUGGGCAUGAGCCCAUGCAGUGUUGAGAGAGAUGCCACAAAGAGCCCCUCUACUUUGUGGAUUCAGAAUACCUGCUCUACUCCUAACAAGCCACAAUUUGAAAAUGUGGUUCCAAAUCACCCUGCUAAAUCUCAUCCUGUUGUUCAUGUAAGGAAUGACGGUGGUUCCUCAGUGGCACAGAGCAAUGGCCCGCUCAGAAGUUUCAGUUGUGGCUUUGAAAGGACCACAAGGAAUGAGAAGCUGGCAACAAAGACUGAUGAGUUUAAUAGAACUGUGUUUGGAACAGACAGAAAUUGUCAUGUGACACAGCAAAAUCAAGGCUACUCGCAAUCAUCCGAAGACAGUAAGCCUUCGAUUACCUUAACUACUCCUGUGGGUGGCAAAUCAGAAAGUGACAAUGUGACUUAUAUUCAGAAAACCAGUGCUCGUGUGCCUGAACCCACAGAAAAUGUGCCUGAUAAUCAUACCAAGAAAUCCACAACCGGCCCAGUCAGACAAAUGCAGGAGCGUAUCAGUCCUGGCAGUUACCGGAAUAUGCUUCACGAGCGAGACUGGCGACCAAGUAAUUUAUCUGACCGACCAAGAUCAGCUGACCCCAGGUCAAAUUAUGGAGUUGUGGAAAAGCUGCUGAAAACAUAUGAGACAUCAGCGGGGUCUGCAUCAUGGAAUUCUAAAUGCUUGGGAGAAAAGUGGACCAAAUGUGACAGUGACAUCGGUGGUAGAACCCCGUCAGGUCAACAUUUAGAAGGGAUUCAAAUGGAGCAAGAGUUUCAGCCAAGGACAGUCUGGUGUGGGGGGCAGCAAGUGAAGCAAGGAGGAGAUCAGAGAAAGGUGGCUGAGGAACCCAUGGCUGUGAAAGCCACCCAUGGAAAAGGAUUUUUGCGUCCUGCUAGGCCCGCAAAUCGCCGUCUCCCAUCCAGAUGGGCACCCAGAUCUCCAUCCGCAACCCCUGCCUUGCGGAGAGCUGCCCCCAACUGCACCAUUUCUCUCCGGGCUGAACCACCCAUGGUUUAAGUCUGUAGUCUGGAUGGCUAGAUUACAAAAGUUCUAUUCCUGAUUGCCAGACCAAACAUUCUGAGUGUUUACAGCUAGUCCUGUUUUCUCCUGUAUCUUUCAAGAUUACUGGGACGAGCAAUUUAAAUCUUAACUUUCCAUCAGUCUUCAGUGUUUUUAACCUACGGAAUAAUGAUCUCCUUGUAUUUUUAUUUCUUAGAUCAGAAUUUCUUAAUGUCAUAUUCAUUAAUUCCCCCAUAUGAUUUAAGUUGAGACAAUGUACAAUACUGUAUAUUCUAACUUUCUUGCGAGUGGCAGAAAGCAAGGUUAUAUGCAUGGCCAUGUAUUUGUAGGUGCAUGUCUUUCAAUAGGAAGUACUCGUAUGUACUUAGAUAAGAAAAACUUAUGUGCUAGUGUUGACUUUGAAAUUAUAAUAUGUACACCCAUAAAUUCUUUGUGUUUAUUUAAAAGUUUUGAAAAUAUACAUUACUAUUUAUAUUUUGUAUACCUUUUAGUAGGUAUCUGCCUAAAAGCAUUUGAAGUUCAUAUAUUAAUUAACCACUUCCUUGGCCCACAAGUAUGUUGAAAAAUAAGAAUUAUACACAUAUCUAACAUUAGAAGUUUUCUAAAUACACCUUAUGAAUGACUUCUUAACCUAUUUAUAAGGAUAAACUAAUACCAUUGAUUUUCUUGUUUAUUCUUUUCAAUAGGAGUCACAAGUUUAACAGAUCAGCCUUCUAAAGCAAGCAUAAAAUGUUGAUAAAUGCUUUUAUACAUCAUGUGGUGGUCUCAAAUGGCUUUAACUGUAUACUUGAUUUUCUGAGCCAGUGUCAUGAGACUGCCUUAUGAACAACAGAACUAAGUAAUGAAUUUGUCAACUUAGUAAAGAACAUUCCUUAAAUGGGAUGCAAAAACUUUAAAUCAUGUUGAAUUUUCCUUUUUUUGUUAAAAUUGUGGUAAGCUUUUAGUUUUGCUUUAUCUGGAGUCAUAUAUAUUUAAAGGUAAGUUGUUCUUUCUUCCCUUUCUUAACUUUUUCCCUAAACUAGUGGAAGGACUAAUUCAGUUUUUUUUUUUUUUAAUUAACAAGGAAGGUCAGGAAUAAUAUUUCAUUGAGAGCUCUGGAUUACAGUAUAUUUCUUAUGGUGUGCUAUCUACAAAAAAGCCUUAAAUGAAACUUUGGUAGCAUAAGGAACAGAAAUGUGUAUCUUGGCUACAAUUUGCAUACAGAGAAUGAAUAAAAUUUAUCUUGAGAAUGGAUAUAAAUAGGAAUGUUGAAGGGCUUGGAAUUUUACGUAGAGGAUCUUACAAGAAACUUUUUCUCUACUGUCUCCAUUUAUAAUAAUUUUUUAUAGUGUUAAUUACACAUUAACUAUAUUUAGGCUUUUAUUUUCUACCUUUAUCUACACAUCUCUAUACUCAGGAUUUCUUUUUUAAAAAAUGAAAUUCCUGAGCGCUUUCUCAUAACUAGUAAAGCAACAUUUCCGGGAGUUGGGACUGAGAUCAGGUGUCUUUAAUAAAACCAAACAAAAUGAAGUAAUGCAAAAUAUUUGCUGAGCAGCCAGAUUUGCAAGCAGUGACAUGAAUGGAUACCUGAGCAGGUGGGUCAUCUUGGUUGGUCAUUUUCUUCCCUGGAACUUGCCUUUGUCAUCCAUAAAUGAAAAGGCUCAUUUGCCAAAUUUCACAAUUUUAAGCCCUUUUUACUUUAUAAUCUGAAUGAACAGAACCACUGGGACCAUUUUAACACCUCCUUAUGUUAACUAAAAUUGCAGAAUACUGGAUCGGAAAACAAUAAUUAGUAUCAAGUCCAACCUCUGAAUGUAAAACAAAAGAAACUAAUUCUGUGCUCUCCUUUUAAGUAUUUUGUAAUGUUUUAAUGGAAAAACCUAUCAGGUAAAAGGAAAUUAUCCUUGCAAACAUUUUCACUGUAUUGUGAUUUUUAACACAUAAAUUUUCUACUUGAGAUGGGCAUUUUCUUCCCCAAGUUUAUCUUUCAUGGUCCAAUCAUUGCUGGACUUAAGGAAUUUAUUGAUACUUAUAAAAACCUUUAAGUAUGCCUGUUUAUAGAUGUUUUCCCUAGAAGAACUUUGGGAGGACAAUCUUACAUUACUUCACAAAGAGUUACUGAUAUUAUUGGCUGAACUGAGGAAAGAGUAAAAAUCAAACAGAGAACAGUGCUGAGUUUCUGUGUGUGUGAUGUGUGCCUCCUGCUCUCAUAGAAAUUCUAGACAUUGCCUUGCAUCCCAAAGCCCAGUGUAAAAAUAUAGAUGAUGCUCUGUAUCAUUCACUGUUUAAGAAAUUAUGUACAAUCUUCACUUGUUUUUAUACAGAGAUAGUGAAGAUGACAUUUCAUUUGACUGAUAGUACCCUAAAACAUGAUUUAUUUCAAUAGCAGUGAUCUAACCAGGGUCCAUAUCAUCUGGACCUUAAAAAAAGUAUCUGCUUCCCUAAAAAGAUCUCUAAAAUUAUUUCUAGGCACUCUUGCUGAUAAAAAGUUACUUGAUAUAGAAAUCUUCAAUUCUUGGAAGUUAUUAAAUAAAAUAAGUUUGGAAACA